UAGUUUCUUCAGGAAGUCAUUGGGUUUCAUUCAUUCUUGAUGUUGCAUGGACUUUUUCCGAGGUACUUUUCAAAAUGCGUCGGAAACCAGAACCUCAGGCAGCAAGCAGUGACCCCGUCAACGCGAAUAAAAAGAGAGCGGAGCGGCCAGCUGACGCCUCUGCCAGGCAGUCCUACAGCUCCAUCCUCGUCAACUUUGGAAAGUGCUUACUGCUGAUCGUGAUCGUUCCUCCAUUCAUCAACUAUGCAUCUCUGCAAAGAGAAGGACAGAUGCUCCUGCCAAAAGACGGGCAGAUGGUUGAUGUUGGUUUGGGUCAAAAACUGCAUCUUUUGUGCAAAGGACGAGGAAAACCAGCCGUUAUACUGGAUGCACCAACAGGAAUGUCCUCAGACGUCUGGGUCCAUGUGCAGGAGAAACUUUCCUCCCUGACAAAGGUUUGUACAUAUGACAGGAUGGGACUGGGGUUCAGCAAGCGGCUCAUGCAGAACGAAACGACCGGGACGGAGAAAGUCUGGGGGGCGUCCACAACCGGACGGAUGGUGGAUGAUCUGCACCGACUGCUGCAGGCUGCGGGGAUAGCCACCCCCUUCGUGCUCGUCGGCUCAGAGCUCGGAGCGCUCAACAGCCGCUUCUACAGCCACAUUCACGAUGCGCAGGUGUCAGACUUGGUGCUGAUAGAUCCCAUCCCAGAGGACGUCUUUGAAGAGGACCAAUGGAGGGAGUACUGGUACGGGAAGCUGCUGCCGUCACUCCAAGCCCGGCAGUUCUCGGCCGCCACUGGGCUGAGCCGCCUGCUGAUCAUCCUGGGCGCCAUUGAGCCGAUGCUGAAAGGAGAAAAUGUCUCGGAGGAAGUCAUCCAGCGGCAGGGCGCAGUGCAGAACGUUCCCCGUUUCAGCCACAGGGUGGUGCUAGCGCGGGAACAAUCGCCGCCUCCCCCCUCUCCUCGAAAGCAGGGUGGGCGGCUGUUGCAAGAGCGUUUCUGUCUCCAAACCGUCAGACACACCGGAUCACUGCAGGAAGCCACACGUCAUUCUUUCUUUCUUUCUUUCUUUCUUUCUUUCUUUUUCUUAAUAAGUAAAAAAACGAGGUCGGGUUCGCCUGUGACUGACACGGUGCUGCAGAUGCUCCCAGUCUGUCUGCUGCUCAGAAAGCUUCCUCACAGGUCAAACACAGUAAUAUGAGCAACCAGCUCUUUGCUGGCAUUUGAUUUAAAAAAAUACAAAUAAAAAAAUAAAAACUUAUUAGCCUGAUAUUUGCCCUUCUGAUUCUGCAUCUCUGCGAUUUUCUGAAGUGAAGGAUGUUAGUGGUUUGUUAAGAUGCCUGCUAGCAGCCGCCCACCAUUUGAUGGCAGCAGCGAUGGGGGGGGGAAGGUAUUUCAGCUUUUCAAGUAUUACAGUUGUUGCCAAGGAGAUAAGGACAUCAUUGUGCUUGAAUCCUCCAAGGACCUUGUCGUCAGGCCAGGGAAGGUUAUGAUGUGCACACAGAGCCCAGCAGAGCCAGAGCAGAUGUUUGCUACAACGUUAAUAACUUCCAAGGCAGCCGGUCCAGUAACAUCUGGAUGAUGAAUGGAGGGAAAGAGAAAUCGGCUCGGUUUCAUGGAGUUCAGCUCGUCUCUGAUGUCCGUCAGUUCUGACCGACCCGGUCUGCAGUCACACAAGGGUUUCUGCUCCACUCCACCGCUGGAGAAUGAGAUUAUUAGGAGUUUUUUUUUUUGUUUUGUUUUGUUUUUGUUCAUGUUCUGAUCAACCCUCAGGUACAAAGGGAUGUUUUAGAUGGAAUUCAGAAAAUGAAUUGAAUUGGAAUUUGGUCACAAUAGCUAAUUUUACUGGACGAAGCAUUGCCCCGGAAGUUAUGGCAAUAAGAAAAAAUAUUGUUUUGAGACCAUUUUGAAGUAAUAUUUGUAAUAUCAGAGUAGUGCAAGAACACAUUCUCAGAGCUUUGAUCUUGAAGACGGGGCUAGGUCCAAUUAAAGGAUUUCUCAAACAUGCAUGAAAAGAUGAAAGCA